CGUCGAGGUGGCGAUGGGGACGGGGCGACGUCGAGGUCCGGGCAAGCUCGGGACGGGGCCGGCGACGGGGACAGGGCGGCGUCGACGUGGCGUCGGGGACGGGCGUCGGGGACGGGCGGCGUCGUCGUGGCCCGAGCUCGGCGACGAGGAGGAUGCCGAGGAGCGUGGCGAGGUCGUGCUGCAGCUCCCGCACCCGGGCCACGACCUCGUCGGAACUGCAGCAGCAGCCCAGGUCCCAGGCGGCGGCGCGGUACCUGCAGCAGCCCAAGACGAGGGCGUGCUGGUGCUUGAGUUCGCGGCGAACGGGAACCUGCACGAGAAGCUGCACGGCGGGGCAAGUCCAGGACGCAGGCGCUGGAGAGGAUGCGAUGGAGAGAUGGGGGAGGACCACACAUGUAUUUUACUGUGGCAUAUGUACAGCACACUGCAGCAGUGGACCCCAACAUACAUUUUCUGGACCAAUGAGAUGCUGACUUAAGCCAGGUUCACA